AUGGCACACCAAUCCGAUACCACCCCCUUCACUACCGUGUCCGAUUCUCACAGCACGGAGUUUGGCAACCCCAACCGGGAGGAAGUUAGUGCCAACGCUGCAACGUCUCCCCAUGCAAGAAGACCAAAAGAAACGGUCUCCAGAAUCUCCUCAGCUAUCGCUCUGGACAACCCUUCCAAGGAAGGAUCGAGGUAUGUGCACAAUGCCAUUGCCUCUAUGGUCACUAAGAUUCUGUCCGGUGAUCGGAAUGUUCCUGGGGUUUCCGUUCCCUUGAACACUAUCGUUCCCGAUGAUGUUGCAUGUCGUGAAACCGCAGUAGUGUUAAGGGAGAAUGUGUCUGGAUUACCUGAAGAGGGUCCUAAGAAUGAUAAACAUGUAAGCAAGGUGAGAGGUGAGAAGGUAAGUGUCCCUCAAGAUGUUGAGGCCAACCCUAGAGCUGACACAGUCAACCUGGAUGAGUUCUCUGAUAACGAACUGUUGGCUUCGGUUAUCCCUAGCAUAGCCAAGAGGGUCAGAACUAGGAGAGGGAAAAAGACAGUGAUGCAAAGGUCUCCAUCCAAGGAAGUUGAUGAGACAACUCCUCACAAGCAAACAGGGACAGAGAGUGCUCGCAAAAGGAAAGGUCAUGGACCUUCCAAAUCUUGGAGCAAAGAGUUGGCCCUAACAUCGGAGGAAUUUGGAAAAAUAUUGGAUUCUGCUAAAGAGAAGAAAAGACCUUAUAAGGGAUUGGGUCAAUUCCCAAAACCCAAGGAGCUUGCAGAAGUAUUGGACAUUCCGGUUGAAGAUUUAGUUCCUAACAUCAAGGUUUGGGGAAAGGUACAAGGAAUUCCUCAGGAAUACUUGGAGAAGACUGCUCAGGUUUUUGCUAGAGCCCAAAAAUGGGAAGCCUAUGAUACAAUUAUGGCCUUACUCAUUUGGGACUAG